AUAUAUUGGCGAAACGGGCAGACCUUUGUGUAUCCGUAUAAAAGAACACCUAGAUGGCAAACGAAAACUAAGACGAAGCACCCCACUAGGCACCGUUGUAUUGUAUUGUGUUUUUCUAUGGAAGUAAAUGUACGCUGUUUAAAUGCCUCGCUAUUGCUGAACAAGAAAACGACACAUUCAUAUUCCAAUGCCGAGGUUAAUAGAAAGUCGAUCCUGGGAACUUUUGUAGCAUACCGCCAAGAAGCGCUGAAGCAGACGACUGGUAUAAACUGGGCUCGAGUUGGUCUUCUUUACCCCCGCCAUCGAGCUUUCGAUGAUGGUGCAGCUGAUAUCUUUGGGAAUUUCACACGAGCUCGUCGAGGCCAUUGGUUAUGGGGAUGUAUUUUUGGACCGACUGAUUCGAAAUCCUUCGAGGAGGUGGAUCGAGAAAAAAAGUCACAGGCGCGCAGUAUUUUUUUAGUGCAGUAUGACCUUGUGAUGAACCAAACUUACUUUUCGACAUUCAAAUGUCUUUUGAGCUAA